AUGAAUAAUCACUUACAGAACCUCUAUGCGAAGAAUAUACUCCACAAAGAUGAUUCCUUUCGCUUGGUAUCUCUUCAACCUGGGCGCGAUGGUGCCCCGCUCACGCUCCGUCUUCUCAAUACCAAGCUUUGUGAAGCUCAGCCUUAUGAGGCAGUCUCGUAUGUUUGGGGAGACGUGAAAGAUCUUGUAUCAAUCAAUGUUCAAGGUGAUGAUGACACGAUAACUCAGGCACUUAUAUCGCAAAACUGUCACGCGGCCUUGAGUAGUUUCCGAUAUUUCGAUUCAUCUCGACUACUCUGGAUUGAUUCAAUCUGCAUCGAUCAAUAUUCGGCUAUUGAAAAGAACCAUCAACUGACCCUCAUGGCCCGUAUUUAUAAGAAUGCAUCACAAGUCUUGGUCUAUCUUGGACGACAAACGCCUGAUAGCGAUGCAGCCAUGAGAUGUAUCCGCGAAAUUGAUGAACCAUCCAACGACGAUGGUUAUGGGGCUGUGGAAGCCUCGGCAAUCAUUCCACAGAACCAAAUGGCUGUGGCCAAUCUAUUUAAGAGGCCGUGGUUCUUUCGUGUUUGGGUCCUUCAAGAGAUCACAUCUGCGCAAAAAGCUACAGUGGUCUGCGGCGACUACCAACUCAGUUGGGAGAACUUCAAGACAUUUGUUCACUGGAAUGUCAACGCGGGCUGGAUACAAAGACUUCCGUUCUCAGUGACGUAUACUGUGUCGCCCACUCCGUAUGUUUUGCACGUCACAUACGCCGAAAGACUCUUGAAAAUAUUAGAAGACACGAGGACCUGCGGUGCUACGGACCCGAGAGACAAGAUAUACGCUGUCCUCCCUCUAUUGGAUCGACAUCAUGAAGAGAUGAAGGAAGAGCUUGAAGGAUACAAGGAACGCUGGGACUAUAAUGAACAGGAACUUGAGGAGCUGGUGAUCCGGCAGCGCCGUCUAAAUGUUCAAGUCGAUUACAGCCACUCUGUGUCCCGGGUGUAUACUGAUCUUGCGAUCCUGUUGAUGGGUUCAGUCGGUCUUGACAUUCUUUCACACGUGGUCAGGGAAUCAGCCAUAACAGGGCUGCCAACAUGGGUCCCAGACUGGAGCGUCACGUCUCCAUACUGGGCUGCUACUCAAAAGCCUGCUCCAGGGAGGUAUAAACCAUUCGCAGGUUUUACAAGUGGGCCUACUCAGCAUGUAUGGGGAUGGAAGAUGCUGCAUCCUCAUCUCAUCGAUACGUGGACGAGUUCAGGAUAUACAUCCGCCAAUACUCAGGCGUCUGUACAGCUUCACGUGCAGGCUGUCAGCCUGGGUAGAAUUGAGAAGAUAGGCGAUGUUUGUGACAUUGCGAAGAAUUACUUUCCUGUGGGACAGUGGGAAAAGCUAGUACCAGACGAGUCAUACCUCAAACAUAGCGCUAUGCCGGACGAUAUAACUGACGAGGAGUCUCACGAGUGGCAUAACGGCCCCUUGUCUCUAUCGAAAUUUCUCAGAACGCUGACAUUCGACGAUGUUGUGUACCCCGAGGUCGCUAAAGCCGCUGUGAGUCAUAUCAAGCGAUAUAACGGAGAGGUUCUCAAUGAUGGAGAAAGAGAGUGGAAGUGUUUCGGGGAGCUGACCGAAGCGGAUAAAGAAAGGAUACCGCUUAUGGACAUCUUCCAGGGAACAGGCAGCUUUGAGAAACAAGCAAUGAGGAUCUUGAAGCGUUGCGAUGGGAAGAGACUGUGCAUACUCAGCAACUGGCGCAUUGGUCUUGCAAACGACAGGGCUCAAGUGGGUGACGAGGUUUUUGUUAUUGAAGGUGCUAGUGUUCCUUUUAUAUUCAGGAAGGUAACAAUUGGUGAAACGGGAAAUGAUGUUCCUGAGCAAGUGUUCAACUUGCUGGGUGGUGCCUUUGUCCUUGGUGUUAUGAAUGGUGAGAUUUGGGACCUUGUAGAGAAAGGCGAGGUACAAAGAGAAAGUGUUACGAUUAGAUAA